AUGAGACUCGAACAAGCUCCCAUUGACCAUGUCAAAGUCACUUCAGCCUUCUGGGCUCCCAUCCAGAAGCGCGCCCAAAAGAAGACGGUGCCGGCAAUGAUUGAGAGACAGAAAGAACAGGGAUACUGGGACUGUCUGACAUGGAAACCAGAUCCUUCGAGGAAGAUAGGAAUAUUCUGGGAAAGUGAUAUCUUCAAAACAGUUGAGGCGGCAUGCUAUUUUCUUAUGUUAGAGAAAGAUGAGUCUCUCCUGGUAGAUGUCGAAGAGGCAGUCUCUAUGAUUCGCAGUGCGCAACAUCCAGAUGGAUAUCUCAACAGCUACUACACAGUGACGGGUUUGGCAGGUCGAUGGACUAACUUGCGUGACAUGCAUGAGCUUUAUUGCCUGGGACAUCUGGUAGAAGCUUGCGUUGCAUACGAGACUCUCACGAAGAGUGGCAAGUUGCUGGAGACGGUGCGAAAGGCAAUCGCACACGUAGAUUCGCGUUUUGGAGAAGAGACUGGUAAAGAGCGCGGGUAUCCUGGACACCAGGAGAUUGAAAUUGGGCUUCUUCGGCUGUAUGAAUUGACAAAGGAGGAGCUUUUCUUCAAGGUGGCAAAGUAUUUUCUGAUGGAACGGGGUCGACACGACGAUAAGGGCGAGAUAUAUUUUGAUUACGAGGCACACCGUCGCGGUGGAGACCCGUAUAUCAACAUGUUCUUUGAGAUGAAAGCUUGGUAUCAGUUUCCGAGAGAUUAUGGCUACCACCAAGCGGAUUGUCGAUUUGUUGAAGCGUCAGAACUCAAAGGCCAUGCUGUGCGCGCUAUGUACUAUGUUACUGCAGCUACAGACCUCUACCGCUUAACAGGUGAUGAGAAUGUGAAAGCAGCUGUGGACCGACUGUGGAGAGAUAUGGUCGAUCGAAAGAUGUACGUGACUGGAGGAUUGGGCGCCGUGCGACAGUGGGAAGGCUUUGGACCUUCCUACUUUCUCUAUGACACCGAGAAGGAAGGCAUCUGUUAUACAGAAACGUGUGCUUGCUUUGCAAUGAUCAUAUGGUGUCAACGACUCCUUCGACUACAACUCAAUUCCGAAUAUGGAGAUAUCAUGGAGCUCGGUCUGUAUAAUGGAUUUUUGGGCGCCAUUGGUCUGGACGGUGUGACAUUCUAUUACGGAAAUCCGCUACGAACGUACACAGGUGAGCCUAAGGUCCGCACUCCCUGGUUAGAUUGCGCGUGCUGUCCGCCCAAUGUAGCAAAACUCUUUGGGCUGCUUGGAACUCUGAUAUAUUCUUUCGAUGAUCAUCUGGUGGCCAUUCAUCACUAUAUCGGAAGCUCAUUCAACGUUCCCGGGACAGAUAUUGUCAUCUCUCAAAAGUCCCAGAUGCCCUGGUCAGGCGACGUCGAAGUCAUUAUCAAAGGGACGACUACUCUGGCCCUACGAAUUCCUGGCUGGGCCAAGGGAUAUACCUGCUCCGUAUCUGGCGAAGAGAAGGACGGAUACCUCUAUAUCCAGUCGCCGUCUCAACUUGAAGUGAAGUUGAAAUUCCAUAUGGAGGCUCGCAAAGUCUAUACCAACCCCAAGACCAACAAGGACGAGGUUUGCAUCUUACGAGGUCCUUUGGUAUACUGUAUAGAGGAUGUUGACAACGACGUGGACGUGGACAAUGUCGUGCUUACCGACCAGCCUCUUUCAGAAGGCAAACCACUAGAAAUCGCCUCGGUGAAUGGUGUCGUCCCUAUCAUUGCCCAUGGUCGAGAGAUUGUCAAUAGCCAAUCAAGCCUGUAUCGCUCGACUCCUUGGGCGUACAGCUCGGUGGAGAAGACACUAACAUAUGUACCUUUUUUUCUCAGAGCAAAUCGUGGUGGAAAUGGCGGCAUGAGAGUCUGGUCAAAAUACAUAUAG